CAACGAACGUUCGCCGGUUAAGCGGGUCCUUUUCCAUGGCCCUCUUCCCACUACCCCCGGUCUGCGGCCGUCAACGCCAACCGCCGGCGCGAGCUUGCGACUUCCCCUCCUCCCGCUGCGUCGGCCUCCACCUCCGUACCUACUCCCCGGGUACCACCUCCCUCCUCUCUUUGGCCGCGGCGCCGCCUCCGCCAUAGUCCCUCUCCCCGGCCGCCGCUUGCACUGGAUAAGCAGGGUCCGGCUCGUCGGGGCCCAAAUCCGGCCGGCGGAGCGCCGUUCUGGCCGGAUUGAUCCUUUUAGCUGACGCCGGGAGGACCAACCAAUCGACCUCCCGCGCGCCGUCCUGUGCCGGUGCCGGUGCCCUCGCAAGCAAGGCCGCGACCAGGGCUAGCCGUGGCCCUCGUCGUCUCCUGUGCCGGUGCGACUCGCAAGCAAGGCCGCGACCAGAAGCACGUCCGGCGGAGGCAUCUACUCCACUGGCGCGAAACGCUGAAACUUCAGCUGUAAUCGCUCUCCAGGCUUUCGACAUGGAAAAUGCCUGCACAAACCUCAACCAGGUGGCCCGCGCGGUGCGCCUGCUCAAGAUCGAUGGGUUCAGCCUGACCGCGGGCAUGGGCGGCGACUACUGCCUCAAGUCCAUAUGGACUGUCGAUGGGUAUGAGCUGGAGGUCCUUAUCUAUCCGGGCACCACAUGGGUGGCUCUGAAACUCGUCUUUCUCAGCGAAGCCCGCACACAGUGGGGCGUGAGGGCGAGCAUGGCCUGUCAGCUCGUAGAUCUCAGCAGGGAGCUUGAGCCGUAUCACGAGUAUGGCGUGUCAGAGACCUUCUAUCAUCCCCAAGACUUCGGGGCAUUGGUCUUCAUGGACAGAAAUAAGAUACCAUCUGGUUAUAUCAAGGAUGAUAUGUUGACCCUGCGAUGCGCGAUCACGGUACUCAAGGAAUUACCAGCACCAACCAUCCCAGCUGAAGAAGUGAUCACCCAACCUUCCACCAACUUGCACCAGCACCUUGGCGAACUCCUGCAGAGCGAGAUGGGAGCCGAUGUCACGUUUCUUGUGUCUUAUGAGUCGUUUGCUGCACACAAGUACAUACUUGCCGCAAGGUCUCCGGUUUUCAAGGCCCAGUUCUUCGGAGACAUGAAGGAGAAGUGCUCGGCACGCGUGGAGAUCAAGGAUAUGGAGGUGGCGGCGUUCAGGGCCAUGCUCCACUUUAUUUACACUGACACGGUGCCUGAGCUUGAUAGACCGCUCGAGGAGGUGACGACGUUGGCUCAACAUUUGCUUGUCGCCGCUGACAUGUAUGGACUUGAGAGGCUCAAGCUGAUUUGUGAAAUAAAGCUCUGUGAUGGCAUCACUGUCGACACCGCAGCGACCACUCUUGCUUUGGCGGAGCAGCACAAUUGCUCCAAGCUCAAGGCCAAAUGUGUCGAGUUUAUCGUCAGCACACCUGCUGUUCUUGAGGCUGUGUUGGCGACAGAUGGGUAUAAGCACCUCGAAGCAAGCUGCCCUUUGGUCCUGACUGAGCUUCUCAAGUCUGUCCAUCUUAUCCGCCUCGCUCUCAUCGUCUCCUUCGCUGGUGCGACGCUGAGGCUACCUGACCGGUUCUUCUCUGGUGGCACCAAACACUCCCAGACCUUCGCCAUGGAAAAGGCCUGCACAAACCUCACCGAAGUCGUCCGUUCCGUGCGGCUGUUCAAGAUCGAUGGGUUUAGCAUGACCAUGGGCAUAGGCAGGGACUACAGCUUCAAUUCCAGAUGGAGUUUCGACGGGUAUGAUUGGGAAGUCCGUAUUUAUCCACGGACCAAUGAGGAAUUCAAUCGCUCCUGGGUGUCACUACGUCUUAUCUUUCUAAGUGAAGCCCGCACGUGUGCUGUGAGGACGACUCUACGCUGUUGCUUGGUAGAUCCAACAGGAAGGCUUAAGCCGUCUGAAGAAGAUUGCAGGUCAAUAAUAUUCAGGAAACCCCAAGAUAGCUCAUCUCAAGUGCCCCUCAUAACAAGAUGUGAACACCUCGAAUUAUCGGGUUAUGUCAAGGAUGACUCUUUUACUGUGCAAUGCACCCUUGAGGUUUUCAAGGAACUACCAGAUGUAGCAACGGUCUCCCUGAAAGAAGUGCAUCUCCCACCCUCUAACUUGCACCUGCAAUUUGCUCAGCUCCUUCAGAGCGAGACUGGAGCGGACGUCACAUUUCUCGUGUCUGGUGAGUCUUUUGCUGCGCACAAGCUCAUCCUCGCCGCAAGAUCCCCUGUUUGUAUGGCCGAGUUCUUUGGAGACAUGAAGGAGAAGUGCUCUCAGACUGUGGAGAUCAAGGACAUGGACGCUACCGUAUUCAAGGCCCUUCUUCAGUUCAUCUACACCGACACCGUGCCAGAAUUCGGACAACAGGUAGAGGCAGAUGUGGAGGCCAUCUAUACCGACACCAUGCCAGAAUUCGGACAGCAGGAGGCGGCGGUGACGGUGAUGGCUCAGCAUCUCCUUGCUGCCGCUGACAGGUAUGGACUGGACAGGCUGAAGCUCAUUUGCGCAGGCGAGCUCGCUGGUGGCAUCAACGUCAACACAGCAGCGACAACUUUGGCUUUAGCCGACCUGCACAACUGCCCGGAGCUCAAGGCGAGGUGUGUUGAGUUCAUCAUCAAAACUUCUGCCACUCUUGAUGCUGUGUUGGCGACAGAGGGGUAUAAGCACCUGGAGGCAAGCUGCCCUUUGGUGGUGAUUGACCUUUUCAAGGCUGCGCGUGGGAGAAAAAAUUGAAGCGUAUCUUGCUUGCGCUUUCCGGGCAUGUUUGUCUAGUAUACUACUAUAUUUUGUUGCCAACUAUUUCAACUUCACUUCGAUGUAAUUUUGUGCUAAAUGGUCUACUGUGAGUUUGUGCUCCUCGAUGGCAAGCAUUGACAAGGUGAUAGGCCCUGUUUGUUUGCGCUUA